UCUCUCUUCCUUCCACGGCGACCCUCACCAUGGCUUCUCGUCGUCGCUCUCUGCAAAUAUUCCUAUUUAUUCUAGCUCUCUUUCUCAUUGGAACUGUCGUUGUUCUCUCUUCCAUCUCCAUCUAUCUUUCUAUAGACCCUGCGGCAUACCUCACCGAAGAAGAGAUCGGUCCUAUUGAAGAAGAUGCGACAUGGAAUGCGACUGCUCUUGGCAAAACCGAGCGCAUUCCCAGAAUUAUUCACCAGACGUGGAAAUCAGAGACACUACCCGACCGUUGGAAGAGCAUCUCGGAAGAGUGCAGAGCAAUGAUGCCUGACUAUGAUUAUAAGUUGUGGACAGACGCCGACUCACGCGAAUUCAUCGCGAAGGAGUAUCCCUGGUUUUUGGAUACUUUUGACGCGUAUCCUUACCCAAUUCAGCGCGCGGACGCUAUCCGUUAUUUCGUGCUCCACUUCUAUGGAGGAGUAUACCUCGACCUAGACGUAGGAUGCCGUCGCCGUCUCGAUAGGCUCCUUGUUUAUCCUGUUAUCUUGCCCAGGACUAUUCCUGUCGGCGUCUCCAAUGAUCUCAUGUUUGCUGAGAAACAUCACCCAUUCAUGGCGCAGACUAUUCAUAACCUGGUCACGUUCGAUCACAACUGGAUACUGAAUUACCCAACGGUAAUGUUCUCAACCGGCCCCAUGUUCCUGUCUGCACAAUAUGGUAUUUGGACUUCAUCGCACUUUCCCACCCCAGAUAUGCCAGGCGGAGAAGUCCGAGUCCUGCCAAAAGCACUGUACGGCAAGAACGCUAAAGUCGAGGACGUUCCGCAUUCGUUCUUCCUCCACUUCUAUGGCAGCAGCUGGCAUGCGGAUGAUGCAGCAUUCAUCGGCUUUUUGGGUACUUGGGGCAAAGGCCUCAUGUGGAUUGGUUUAAUCCUGUUGAUCGCUGGUUUGAUUAACCUGUACUGGCGAAAGAGCAGCAAGAGAUCGGACGGUUACCAGAUCAUGUUACCCUGGGCACAUCAGCGCAAUGGGCGUUGGAACGUCGACCUGGGUCUGUUCACCUUGACUUCACGAGUAUUACCCAACAGCUCGCCUACGUCUUCCCGCUCACCUUCGCCUUCUCCGGAUUCGGAAGGCGAGAACGUCCCAAUGCUUCCCUUACCGUUUGACAUGCGACCGCCAUCUCCAUUCGCAUCAUCAGAUGCUUCCGUCGAUCGCCGAACCGGAAUCGUCGGUGUACUGUCUCGAUAUAGGGUUCGGGUGAUGACUACAAUUACUGGAGGUUAUGAUCGACCGCGCGGGCGCCAGACGGCCCGACGGAUUUGGCCCGCUCGUGGGUACCUCUUCUUCCUUCCCGCCAUUUUCACACCUGGCGCUGUACCGGUCCCCGAGCAGGGAUCUCGGCGGCCGAGCAACACACGAUCUUUGUCAGCGUCAGGUUCCCGCCCAAGGACGACCAACGCGCGUGUGCCCGAGAAGCAUGCAUAUGCAGACGAUGAUUUAGAGGACGCUACUGUAUAUGGUGCCUCUUCAGGCCUGCAAGCACAAGCCAAUGCAGAUGGCUCGUCGCAGGUUUUUUCGAGGCCUCCCACCCCUGGCGCCUCGGGCGGCGCGCCACCAUCCUACCACGCCGCGACGAGUGAUACCGCGAAUGCAGCGGCUCGUCGACCGCGGAGUACAGAUGGGACCUGGGAUUCAUGGGAGGCGCGUUGAAGAAAUAAAAUACCACACAGUAUUUCCUUUUUGUUCAUGGAUAUUACCGAAGAUUGCUGCUGCCCCCUACUCCCUACUCCUUGUUCUUUCCCAACUCGCACAUCAUGUCAGACAGGUCAUUCAUUUCGAACUUGAGAUUAUUCUGGCACAGUUGGACUGCUGUUCUUCCUUCCUCUCCCUUUCGUCUGAUACCCUUUUUCGUUGCAUUCUACCCUUCUUCCUUUUUCUUUCUAAUUCGCAUAGCAAGCUCCUUAAUUCCCUCGCAGCACAAGUACUUUCUAAAUAGAGAGACAAUUAUCUCUUCCCUCUUGAUAUUCGACUUCACCUAGUAGCCAAUUACUGUCCAUCCUUCACGCGGAAGUAAAACAUUAAAAGCAAGUAUUUCAAGUUUAAUGGAAUACCACCACUUUAUUUUGU